AUGGAGGAUCUCGAGCAGCCAGUCGGCUCGCCGUCGCUCGAUGCCGGUCCAGAGCCACAGGGCAACGACGACCCUGGAGACACGCUGCGCCCCGAGAUCGAGGAGGAAGAUGGCAAUGGAGCGACGCCACCAAUUGCAGACCCGACGGCUGAUAUGGAUACGCGUGAAGACGAUGAGCAUCCGCUGACGGCCGACAAGAAUCGAGCAAACGGUUCUGGCGAAGGCGAGGACGAGGGCGACAACGAGAACCCUGACAAUACCGGCGCGGCAGUGGACGAUGAUGAUGAUCUGGAGUCAGAGUUGGAGGAGUUGGAUGAGAAAGAGUUCGAGGACUUCGACCCUUCUGCCUUGAACCUUCCCGAUCAACCACUCGCUGUCGACGAGAGCAACGUCGCCCUCUUGGGUGUGCACAAGCGCAAGCGAACUGCGGAGGAAGAGGCCGAGCGUGAGAGGAAGAAGAAGAGGAAAGAGAAGAAGCGAGACAAGCCGAAGCGAAGCAGGAAAGGCGGCGACGAGGAUGACUUCGAAGGUGGAGAGGAAAUGUCGGGAAAGAGGAGUCGCAAGGGCAAAGGUGCAGAUGGCAGACCUGUCAAGUCCAAGAGCAGGGCGCGGACACCGGAUGAGGUCGACGAGGAGCACCUGGCCCCGGAAGAGCGCCGCAGACGUGCGCUCGACCGGAAAAUUGACGAGGCACUCAAGACCAACCGUGUCUCGAGACGGAAAGCUGCCCAAGUUGCUGAAGAGCGUGCAGACGAGGACAUCGAGAACAUGCGUCGCCGCAUCAUCCAGGCCUGUCAAGCCGACCAACAGGCACGCGCAGCUGAGAAGAUCGCUACCCACAAGCUGGCCAUACUUCCAGAUGUCGUCGAGCUCAUGAACCGCAACACCAUUCAGUCCCAACUCGUUGAUCCAGAAGUCAACAUUCUCGAAGCAAUCCGGUUCAUGCUCGAGCCCGCCGACCAUGACGCGGCCCUUCCCAACUACCAGAUUCAGCGUGAGCUUUUCGCCAUUCUUGGUCGACUCAGCAUGUCAAAAGAGGCCUUGAUAUCAUCAGGCAUCGGCAAAGUCGUCCUCUUCUACAGCAAGUCCAUCCAACCACAACCCGAAAUCAAGCGCCAAGCAGAACGCCUUACCGCAGAAUGGAUGCGCAUUGUCCUGAACAAAGGCAAGGACCGUCGUAACCUACCCGUCGAGACCAAGAUGUACGAUCCACUCGCUGCACAGUCGUCGCAGCGUCCAGGUGCCUCGCAGUCGCAACAGGCGAUCGCGGCAGAGAAGAGACGCAAGGCGCUGGCUGCACCUGGCCCCACGAACCGUGCACGAGUCGAAGGUGGCGUUGGAACAUACUCCAUCGCACCGAUCAGCAAUCUGAGCAAUGCUCAAGGCGUUAGCGGUCGUAGACUGGGCGCUAGCGGAGAUGACAUGUUCAGAAAGAUCACGGCUCGAAGCGCGAUGAAAAGUGGCACGGGCGGUCGGCGGUAA